AGUGACACAGGGAGAGGGGCGGAAGUGGCCCCGCCCCGGCUGCUUCCGGCCUGGCUGUAGCGCUGCAUCGGGGCUGUUCAUGGAAGAGAUGUCAGGAGAAAGCGUGGUGAGCUCAACAGUGCCAGCAGCCGCCACCCGCACCACCUCUUUCAAAGGGUCCAGUCCCAGUUCCAAGUAUGUGAAGCUGAACGUAGGCGGCGCUCUCUACUACACUACAAUGCAGACCCUGACCAAGCAGGACACCAUGCUCAAAGCUAUGUUCAGUGGCCGCAUGGAGGUUCUUACUGACAGUGAAGGCUGGAUUCUGAUCGACCGCUGUGGGAAGCACUUCGGAACCAUCUUAAACUAUCUGCGUGAUGGAGCCGUGCCGCUUCCCGAGAGCCGCAGAGAGAUUGAAGAGCUGCUGGCUGAGGCCAAGUACUACCUGGUCCAGGGUUUGGUGGAUGAGUGCCAGGCCGCCCUGCAGCAGAACAAAGACGCGUAUGAGCCCUUCUGCAAGGUGCCAGUCAUCACAUCUUCCAAGGAAGAGCAGAAACUCAUAGCAACAUCUAAUAAGCCAGCAGUGAAGUUGCUGUAUAACAGAAGUAACAACAAAUAUUCCUACACCAGCAAUUCUGAUGACAAUAUGCUGAAGAACAUUGAGCUGUUCGAUAAGCUGUCCUUGCGGUUUAAUGGGAGAGUCCUUUUCAUAAAGGAUGUGAUUGGAGAUGAGAUUUGCUGCUGGUCUUUCUACGGGCAGGGGCGGAAGAUUGCUGAAGUCUGCUGCACUUCCAUCGUUUACGCUACUGAGAAGAAACAGACAAAGGUGGAGUUCCCCGAAGCUCGCAUUUAUGAAGAGACGCUGAAUAUUCUGCUCUACGAGUCUCAGGAUGGCCGAGGCCCUGACAACGCCCUGCUGGAGGCCACGGGUGGGGCAGCAGGCCGCUCCCAUCACCUGGACGAGGACGAAGAGCGGGAGCGCAUCGAGCGUGUGCGGAGGAUCCACAUCAAGCGCCCCGAUGACCGGGCGCAUCUCCAUCAGUGAGCUGAGGGACAGGUGCAGACUGCAUGGCUCCGUUUGCACAGCUGUGGCCUGACCUGCGACGGAACCAGGCGUUUUAUUUAUGUUCAGUGAAAUCUGCGGGUUCCAUUUUGUAAUGGGAGGAGACGGCCGGGGGUGUUUAACAGGAUGUAAUUCUGUUAGAGAAAUGAGGCAUUGGGCACAUGAUCAGCCUGGUAAUGCCGUAUCGGAGCACUUGGAAAAUGCCUGUAAAUUCAUAGCACUCUUUUCUACUGUCUCAUAUUUAGGAAGGAAGAGUGACUCCCUUCUGCUCUUAGUAUUUAUUCUGCACUUUUCCCUGGGAUUUUCAAAAUGACAGCCCAGCUGUCUACAAGCUCCACGUUUGUCCUAGCCCCAGAACCUAAUAUACAGGAACAGUGCAGCUCUCCACCACAGUAAAGCUAACCCAGCUGCUUUGCUCUAAGGUGUCCUGGCUGGACCCUUAAGGCAACAAGGUAGUGGGCUAGUAGCUUCAGAGGGCAUCAGCCUUUCAGUUCCAUAUCCUAGAGAAUCCACCUGCUUGCUGUGGUACUGCUUUAGAACCAAAGCUGGCUGGCAGGUUCCAGUAAGCACGUGUAGGGACUCUGCUGUUAAGUACUGAGAGCUAAUCUGUCUAACAAGCAACUGAAAAGCUGGCCAAGGCACAGCAUAGCUUCUCUUUUAAACCUGACUUAUAGUGGUUCUAUGAAGCUGGUGCCAUAGCGAGUAGUGGAGAACCCUCAACUUUCCUGUAGCUGCAGUUAAAGGAUGCGGGCUGUUUAAACUCCUCGGUGAGGGGAGGGUUUGAGGAACAAGCUAUACUUUACCGUCUUGCCUUAGGUGUCCCUUGUAUCGGCCAGAGCUGGUCACUGCUAGAUGCUUUCCCCCUCUUGACCUCAGAGCGGAGUUUGUGUGUUCAUGCUAGGCCACUGCUUCCCCACCUACUCCCAGCUCAACCACAAAGGCUUCUUCCCACAGCCGCCCUGGGCAGAGCUGCAGCAUGGACUGCCAGCCCAGCAGGAGCCUCUCGGACUGGAGAGACUCCCCUUGGGAAGUGGUGUAGAUGCCCCUUUCGGUGUCUUGUGGACCAUGUGCAGUUAUUCCUAGUCAGUCCAAAUCUCCUGGGAAGCAGCAGCUGUGUGAGGGGGACAGAGCUGAAAUCCUGUGUAUAGAAUACUGCAUAGAUCUAGUUUUCUAAGAUUGCUCUUCUAUUGCAAAUGAAUAUUUUAUCUACCUCCUAGUCUCUUGUUGCCUAUUAUGGAGUCAAGUAGCAAUUGUAGUGAAAUGUCAUGUAUUAUUCAAAGGAGUUGGAAAUUGAGGGAUAAGAAUAGGAUUAUAAUGGCACCUACUGCUUCAGAGCUCAAAGCCAGUCCCUACUGGGCAUGGGGGCCAGACCUUCUAGGGAGGAAGAUCAAUAGACAUCUGCCUCUUGUAGAGUCUCUUUCACUGGAAAGAUCUGGUGCUGACCUCUGGAGACAGGGAUCUGGACUAGAUGGACCACAGAGCUGAUGCAGUGCAGCACUUCCUCCCACCUUGUUCCCCCGUAACCUGGUUAGCAGGAGGUUUGAUGAAAGCAAGGGUUAUACAGCGAGAUAAGGGUGUGCUUGGUUCCAGCAGAGUUGGUCAUGAAGUGAUGUGUUAGCAUUUGAAAUACCAAAGGCAGCGCUCACCAGCUGGCAUCACCACAGAAAUCCUUAAACAGUCCCGCCCGCUCACAGAGAGUAAGCAUUCAGCCUUCUCUGUGACGGGUGGUACAGCUCCAGGCAUAGGUUUAAAGAGUUUGCAGACCAUUUCCAUCAGCCAAAGAAUUCAAGUGCCAAACCAAUACUAUCCUCCUGGCAGCUGUGUGUAUAACAUCUGUCUCAGUCCUCAUGCAUCACUAUAAGCAGUGUCUGAAUUAGACAUCAAAGUUCCUGUGACACAGACUAGUCUCAAAACCAAGCAGAGUGAAUUAUAAUCUAAUUAAACUGCUUAGCAUUGUGAGUUAUCACUUUGUAACUUCCAGUCACAGGCUUCAUUAAAGUGCAGUCAUAUCCGUGCCAUGUGUAAUGCUGUAAUAAGUCCCCAGAGAAGGCCUCACUCCUCACGGUAGAUGGUUUGCUGCCAGUACAGCGUGCAUUCCCGAUUUCUGGAAGUCGCAUCGAAGCCCCUUUCCUUCUCCUGUCUCAGUUGGUCUCGUUAAGUGAGAUGCCAUGAGAUCAUCCCAUUUUAUUUUUAGUCUUGUGCAGACAGAACCCCCCCCAUGCUCACAAACUUCAAGGUUGUGCAUUUAUCAGACUGCAUGCUCCAAGCUGGGCCGUGUGUAUGAGUCUGGUGUUUCCUCAUUGGCCAAGCGCAGAGCUCAUGAACACUAAAAGGGGUCACAGUGUUUGCUGUUAGAGCUGGCCAGGCACCAGCCUUGUGGCCACACAGCCUUCAUGCGCUAGAUAAGCCACUAGCAUGAAAUCUGCCUUUGCGCCUUGCUCAGUGUCUUUGUCCCAGGCUGCUCACAUCCCCACAGGACAGCAAAUUCCUUCUCAUGCAACAAUGGGUGUAUUUAACCAAAGUGUGUGAUCAGCACUUAGAGCAAGGACUAAACCCAGGCUCCCUCCACCUCCCACGUGAGUGCAGUAACCGCUGGCUCUGGGUCCAUAACCUUCAUCGUCUACUCUGGUACGGCUUCAAGAGGGGAUGGAGAGUGCUGCCACCCUCACCACAGAUAGCCCAAUGGUUAAGGCACCCCCCGGUGGGGAUUCGCCCUCCUCAGGCUGAGGCAGGAAUAGAGCCCAGGGAGAGGCUGACAAGGAGGCUGCUGCUCUCUGCUCUGUUCUGGGGAAGAGAAGCUGACACUUACCUUCAGGAGAGGCAUCAGGGUCGGGAUCCCAGGCCAAUCAGCAGGAUGCAGGGCUGGGGCUUGUCCUCAGUGCUGAGCAUUGGCCAGCUCCAGGCAGCCACACCUGCAGCUUGCCAGCUGCGGCAGGUCCUGUUGCGAGGUACAUGACUGCACAUGCACAGCAUAGGGCGCCUGGGCUCCCAACACAGGCCACUGGCUUCCACUGCAGAGACCAGGCACCUGCAACUUAGGCAUUUCAUCCCCUUAAGUGUUUCCCCUUUAAAGUUCCUACCUGUGCAGUCUGUAGGAAACAACAGCCUUGAGCUUCCUGCACUGCUUUCUUCUUCCAGUCCUUUUGCUCCUGCUCCGUGGCAACAUAACCUCUCGCCCUCCCAGGGGAACACUUUACUGCUGGUGUAGAUCCUACGCCAGGAUCUACACCAGCAGUAAACUAGGCUUCUCCAAGCCUAAAGGGUGAAGGCUUUUUCUGCAAGGCAGGUUGCAAGUUAGAAGCAAGCAGCGAAUUCCUGAGGGUCAUUCAGUGCCUGCUUGUUGCUGCCUUAGCUGCGUAGUACAGCCUGAGUGUCGUCUCCUGUCCGAGAGGAAACCCGCAACAUUUGAUUGCAUCUGAUAAUGGAAAGGAAUUGUGACUCAGUGCCUGUGCUGACAGGUGCUGGAGAGCAGCCCCUGUUUGUAGUACGGGUCUGUUAGAAGGUAGAAGUUACAAAGAGCCUGGUGGGUCACAGCCUCGAACUCAGCUUGACCAGUUCAGCUGCUUAUCCCAGCCUACAGUUGGUCAGCCAGACUGGUCAAAGCUGUCCCGAAGCCUCCAGCAGGGCCUAGCCUGAAGGACUGAUCCUUCAGUUCUCCACGUUAAACCCCUGACCCAGAACAGGAAGUGUCCGAGCCGCAGGACUCAACCUGACCCCAGCCUGCCUUGCUGUUCCCUCUGGCUUGUGCUCCCACUUCACUGUCUGCUUGAUCUGCCAGCAUCUCGACCCUGCUUGCUCCCUGUCUGCGCUUUCUGCCUGAUCCCCUGGCUCCUGACUUGGCCUGUUCCUAGACCCUGUUCUCCAAUCGACCUCCUGACCCGGCUUGUGCCUCCCCACCCUGGUCAGCACCUCGAUUACUGAGUGUCCCCUGACUUGGCUGCCCACCACCUUGCAUGGCAGAGUCUUGAUUGCACACAACGAAGAAUCAGUUGGGCCAGGGUGGAAGACCAGCAGUCCGUGUCCCUAGCUUGUACACACAGCCUGAAGAGCAGGGCAGCGCCUUGCUGAACACAACACAUUACACACUGAGAAGUCAGCUUUGGGCAGGUUUUGCUGCACUUGUGAACAUUAGACCAGACUGCUGGUCUCGGAUGUUUUCAGGGCCAUCACGCAAAGCAUCCUUGCUUUGACAUAUUAAGCUGUACUUUCAGCAGCUGCCUCCCCGAGGUUUUGCCUCCAUACUCACACAAUGAAUAGGUUGCAACACAACCAGGUCCUUUUUAGAGACUGUCGCCCCUUGCAACCUGAGCACCUAGCAGCUGCAAAGGUGUGGCAUUAACAGCAAAUGGAAACAGGCCCUCAUUUCAGACCCAGGGUUGACACUUUCCUCCCCCUCCACCAGGCAGUAAUACUGACAGCCAGCAAGUUGUUCUGGGAAGCGUUUUUGUCUUUCGAGGUAAAGAGCAGCAGCUUACAAAGCUGCAGCUCAAAGUGCUUUCAGGAUAAUGUCUGCACAGUGCUAAGUAGAAAGAGCGCAGCUCUUGGAAACAGUUUUAAAGCAGUUGGCACCCGAGCUAGCUACAGAUGACUGCACAGAGCUCAGUGUAGGUGAGCAGCUCGCUUAUCCGCCCUGGGUCCUCGGCAGGCUGCUGUAGCUAGUUUUAAAGCUUGUGCAAGUUUGUCAGCUGCAUUUGCACUGCUGCUUAGCCGCACCCUCAGUUUCUAAUCUUAGCUCUUCGCCGCAUCGCUCCAUUCCACAGGUUAGGCCAAGUGCGGCACUAAUGAAUUCAGCUGGUACAAUCGGACCUCUCCACUCUGCACAGCUGUGCACCAAGAGCUUGUGCUCAAGUCCCGUGUACGGGUGGUGUUUGCAGCGUGGAUUUUUCCAUUCUUCUUUCGGCUAGAUGCAAAAUAAAUCAGAAACGUUUCAUAUUUA